AUGAAUGAUCUCGAUCCUUUGAGUUACUUCCUUGGCAUCGCUGUCACUUGCCAUGUCAGUGGCCUCUUCCUAAGUCAGAGCACUUAUGCUCGCGAUAUCCUUGCUCGAACCGGCAUGGCUUUGUGCAACCCUUCUGCUACUCCGGUUGACACCAAGCAGAAGUUUAGUUCAUCCUCUGGGACUCGUUGUGAGGAUGCCACCUUGUAUUGGAGUCUUGCUAGUGCCCUACAGUACCUCACCUUCACUCGUCCAGACAUUUCCUAUGUUCAGCAGGUUUGCUUACAAAUGCAUGCUCCCCAUACCGAGCACAUGCUUGCCCUCAAGCGUGUUCUACGCUAUGCUCGUGACACUUUGACUAAUGGUCUACAUUUGUAUCCCUCCUCCAUUGAGAAACUUGUAUCUUAUACUGAUGCUAACUGGGGGAUGUCCUGA